GGGCGGAGGAAGGGAGAGGCUUGCCUCUGCAAACCCAUCUUACAGUGAGACCACAGACCCACACACAUUAACCACCACCCGGACCGAGGACGCGCCGUGGAAGGGCGAGUUGGACUCUCUGCCCACAUUUAGUCAUUUAUCUGGCCCUUUGUUAGUUGUAGGCAAGCGCGUGCUUUAGUUACUUUAUAACCAGCUGUUGAUUCAAAGUAGCGAACAAAGACUCCACAGACACGGGCGAGCAACUGGACUGUGGGACCAAACGCUACCAGAGGUUUAUUUCCAUAGCAAAUGUGGUUUAAAGAGAGCACCCUAUAGCUUGAUAAACCGCCGGGGACACGUGUUAAGAUGGACGUGAGGCUGCUCCUGAUUUCAGUUCUUCUGGGACUCAGCAGGGCACAACUAGAUGGUAACGAAUGCACCAAAGCCUCGGCCCAGUCCUGUGGAGAAUGCAUUCAGGCUGGAGAAAAGUGUGGAUGGUGUACAGACGAGGGCUUUCUGAAAGAAGGCGAGCAGAAGUCCACACGGUGUGAUGAGAUUGAAGCUCUGAUUAAGAAGGGCUGUACUAAAGCCAGCAUAGAAGAUCCUCGGGGAACUGUUACCGUCAACAAGAACCAAUCUUUGACAGACCGCACAAAGGAUGGAGUAAAACUAAAGCCAGACCAGAUCACCCAGAUUCAACCACAGAAACUCUCCCUAGACCUCCGAUCAGGCGAAGCUCAGAAGUUCAUUCUGACAUUCAAGAGGGCUGAGGAUUAUCCCAUAGAUCUCUACUACCUGAUGGACCUCAGCUACUCAAUGAAAGAUGAUUUAGAGAACGUCAAAAACCUGGGAACCGACCUGAUGUCUGAAAUGCAAAAGAUCACAUCUGACUUCAGGAUUGGCUUUGGCUCCUUUGUGGAAAAAACCGUCAUGCCGUACAUCAGCACGACGCCAGCCAAGUUGCUAAACCCCUGCACAUCAGACCAGAACUGCACCAGCCCGUUCAGCUAUAAAAAUGUGCUGAGUUUGACUUCCGAUGGAACUCAGUUUAAUAACCUUGUUAGCAAACAGCAGAUCUCAGGAAACCUGGACUCACCAGAGGGAGGGUUCGAUGCCAUCAUGCAAGUGGCUGUCUGUGCGAACCAAAUCGGCUGGAGGAAUGUGACCCGUCUGCUUGUGUUUUCAACGGAUGCUGGAUUCCACUUCGCCGGAGACGGAAAACUUGGUGGCAUCGUGCUCCCUAAUGACGGGAAAUGCCAUCUGCAGGAUAACAUGUACACUAUGAGCCAUUACUAUGACUAUCCUUCGAUCGCACAUCUGGUUCAGAAAUUAAGUGAAAACAACAUUCAGACCAUUUUUGCUGUAACUAAAGAGUUCCAGCCUGUUUACCAGGAGCUGAAAAACCUCAUUCCAAAGUCAGCUGUGGGAACGCUGUCCUCCGAUUCCGGCAAUGUGAUAAAACUCAUUAUUGAUGCAUAUAAUUCUCUGUCUUCUGAGAUCAUUCUGGAGAACAGUAGGCUCCCCGAAGGUGUGUCUAUCUCCUACAUCUCCCACUGCAAGAAUGGAGUGAGCGGGACAGGAGAAAAUGGGAGAAAGUGCUCCAACAUCUCCAUUGGGGAUCAGGUGACGUUUGAGGUAGCGGUCACGGCUAAAGGCUGUCCAUCUAAAGGUAAAUCAGAGACUAUAAAGAUCAAGCCGCUGGGCUUCACCGAGGAGGUGGAGAUCGUCCUCAACUUCAUCUGCGAAUGUGAGUGUCAUAAAGAAGGAAUCCCAAACAGUCCAGCAUGUCACUUUGGCAAUGGUACCCUGGAAUGUGGAGCAUGCAGGUGCAAUGAAGGACGUAUUGGCAGGGUUUGUGAAUGUAGUAAAGAUGAGGUCAGAACAGAAGAUCUGGAUGCGAACUGCCGCAUGGAUAACGGCACGGACAUCUGCAGCAACAAUGGAGACUGCGUUUGUGGAACGUGUGAGUGCAAAAAAAGAGACAACCCAGAAGAGAGAUACAGCGGAAAGUUCUGCGAGUGUGACAACUUCAGCUGCGACCGCUCCAACAACAAACUCUGUGGAGGUCACGGUCGUUGUGAAUGCCGAAAGUGUAUCUGUGACGCUAACUACACAGGAAGUGCUUGCGACUGCUCUUUGGACACCUCAACUUGUCUGGCCAGUAACAAACAGAUCUGUAACGGUCGGGGCACCUGCGAGUGCGGCGUGUGUAAAUGUACCGACUCAAAGUUUCAGGGUCCAACCUGUGAAAUCUGCCCAACCUGCCCUGGAGUUUGUACUGAACACAAGGAUUGCGUCCAGUGCCGAGCAUUUGGUACUGGUGACAAGAAAGACACAUGUGAGAAAGAAUGUAGCUACUUCAAUCUUAUAACAAAGAAGAAGAAGGAGGAACUUCCUCAGCCCAACGACCAGCCCUACAUCAAUCACUGCAAAGAGCGUGACGCUAACGAUUGCUGGUUCUUCUUCACCUACGCUACCAGGAACGACAGCACCGUUGAGGUCCAUGUGGCGGAGGAGCUUGAGUGUCCCUCUGGCCCUGACAUCAUCCCCAUCGUAGCUGGUGUGGUCGCAGGAAUUGUUCUGAUUGGUUUAGCACUUCUGCUCAUCUGGAAGCUGCUCAUGAUUAUUCACGACCGCAGAGAGUUCGCCAAGUUCGAGAAAGAGAAGAUGAAUGCCAAGUGGGACGCGGGUGAGAACCCCAUUUACAAGAGUGCUGUGACGACGGUGGUCAACCCUAAAUAUGAGGGCAAGUAAUGGACGAAAAUAUCCAUCUUCAAGCAACACUGUAUGCAGAACAAUUCAAGAGGAAUGGAAAAGUUGAAGUUUUUUUUUUUUUUUUUUUUUUUUUUGUGUGUGUGUGUUUUUAAAUCACCUUUUGGCUAUGCAUUUGCCACUGUUCAGUAUAAUCUAUUAACCUGUGUUUAUGCAUUGUUUUGGAACUGUACAGUAUGUAUAAACUUGAGUUUUUACUUUUUUAUGCAAUCUUAGACAAUAAUUUCAAUGUUCAGUAUUGAUUUUUAGCCACAGAUCUGCCUUGUUUUUCUGAAUGUUAAAACUGAUCAUGUUGGGUUAGAUGACGGGUUAUGUAGGUAUGAUGUGGUCAAGUAUGCAUGAAGAAUGAAUAUCCACAAUUCACAAGACUAGACACAGUUACUGGCUUGAGUGCAGUAACUAGAGCCAGUUUGUGUUUUCUGAUGGUACAGGAAACUUUCUGAACCUGUGGAUGGAGUGUCCUGUCACUGGUGUAGUAGGUAGCUGUAGCGGACCACUGCUGUUUGUACACAUGGUGCUUUUCAUGUAGACGCUUAUGUCGUCUGCAUAAUCUUGGAUGAUUUGAGUCCAGAUUCUAAUGUUUAGGUCUAUGUGACCAUGGAUCUGUGUGCUCACGUCGCCUUUCUUUGGUCUGCGAAGUCAGAUGGUUUAGUGUCCUUUUAUUGUGCACAUUGAUGAUUUAGUAUCUUUUAAUUACGUCACACACAAAAAUGUACAUUUUUUGUAAUUUCAUCUGUCAAGUGUUUGAUUUAAAUGCCUUUGACUUGGCAACACCUGAGUUGUUAGAGGGACAUUUUCAUCAUUGUCUGUGAAUGGAACAAUCAACUUUAUUAUUAUUAUAAUUGAAAACAUGAGUGUAAACUCGUAUGAAAAGAUCUUCAGGUUUUAGAUUUGUUUGAAGAAUGAGGAAAUGAAAACUCAGGUUCUGAAUUUCUCUCUAUCACUGAUGCCAAAUAUUUACGUCUACUGUGCAAGAACUAUAUUCCAGAUGUGGAUUUCACAUUUGUUUUUGUAAUUUAAUUUGUCCCUUUAUAACAUCAUUGUUCAUAAAUGAGACUCACUGCUCAGAUUAUUGUUGGUAAAGAUCAGUGUUAAAGAAAGUUAACUUGUUUUUUCCUUUUAUUUUCACUUUUUUUUAAUCUCUAAAGCUUUCAAAGCUUAAUCAUGUUACAUACACACUUUGCAUUUUAAAGUGCCUUUUUCAUUUUUUGCAUCAUGCCCACUGUCUUUUGUUUCUAGGAGUUAUUUAUUAAAAUGAACAACCCAAAA